AUGGCUACCGAUAUGGACGAAGCAUCUCUCCGACUAUGUAUACAGCUUCAGUCGCAAGAUGCCGUUGCAUUAAUCAAGGGAAAAAAGAGAGAGGACGAGCAACCACCUGAUAUCGAGUUCGCCGCUGAGCUCUACAAGUUCGAGUUGCACUCACUGCAGACAUUUUACUCUGAUCGAGCCCUUUGCCGUCGUCUCAGUCGCUUGGGCUUGGAGGCCGGCUAUCCUCUUAGAGGUCGUGCUGAAAAGGAAGAGCCAGCUCUAAACAGGACCGGAAGCAAAGCCGAUAAAGUUGCAUCAAAACAAUCCAGCAUAAGUUCUACCUCUGACACUGGUGCUAGUGUUAGCAUCGUUGACGAAGAGACGACCAGUCAAUCCGACGACGAAGUUGCGUCAACAGGGUCCAGCAUAAGUCCUACCUCAGAUACUAGUGGUAGCCUCGAAACCGUGGAAGAGACGACCAAACCGCUUGUAACAUCAUAG